CCGGAGUGGCCUUAUAUGUUGUUUGGAUCUGUUGGCGCAGCUAUGAAUGGGGCAGUCAAUCCACUCUAUGCUCUAUUAUUCAGUCAGAUUCUUGCAACCUUUUCCAUGCCCGAUAAAGAAGAGCAAAGAGCACUGAUCAAUGGCAUCUGCCUGCUUUUUGUCCUUGUUGGAGUUGUAUCAUUUUUCACACAGUUCCUGCAGGGAUACACAUUUGCAAAAUCUGGUGAGUUGCUUACAAGACGAUUAAGGAAAAUGGGUUUCCAAGCUAUGCUAGGCCAAGAGAUUGGUUGGUUUGAUGAUCACAGAAACAGCCCUGGUGCCUUGACUACAAGACUUGCAACAGAUGCAUCACAGGUUCAAGGGGCUACCGGCUCUCAGAUAGGAAUGAUUGUCAGUUCCUUAACCAACAUUGGAGUGGCCAUUAUCAUUGCUUUCUACUUCAGCUGGAAACUAACUCUAGUUAUAAUGUGCUUCCUGCCCUUUUUAGCCUUAUCUGGAGCUGUGCAGGCUAAAAUGUUGACAGGAUUUGCCUCGCAGGACAAGCAAGCUAUGGAAACGACUGGGCAGAUUUCCAGUGAAGCCCUCUCUAACAUUAGGACUGUGGCUGGCAUAGGGAAGGAGAGAAAGUUUAUUGAAGCAUAUGAAGAACAGCUGGAAAUCCCAUACAGAGCUGCAAUCAGUAAAGCAAAUGUUUAUGGAAUCUGUUUUGGCUUUGCCCAAUGUAUAGUGUUCAUAGCCAAUUCAGUCUCUUAUCGAUAUGGAGGUUUUUUGGUGGAGAAUGAAGGACUUCAUUAUAGCUAUGUGUUUAGGGUGAUCUCUGCUGUUGUGACCAGUGGCACUGCUUUGGGAAGAGCUUCUUCUUAUACUCCAAACUAUGCUAAAGCAAAAAUAUCUGCUGCACGUUUUUUUCAACUGGUGGAUCGGGUUCCCCAAAUCAGUGUUUACAAUGAUAGCGGGGAAAAAUGGGACAAUUUCAAGGGAAGCAUUGAAUUUAUCAGCUGCAGGUUCACAUAUCCUUCUCGGCCUGACAUCCAAGUUUUGAACGGCCUCUCAGUGUCUGUUAAACCUGCGCAGACACUUGCAUUUGUUGGAAGUAGUGGAUGUGGCAAAAGCACUAGCGUCCAGCUUCUGGAGCGCUUUUAUGACCCUGACAAAGGACAAGUGUUAAUAGAUGGCCACGAUUCCAAGAAAGUAAAUAUACAGUUUCUUAGAUCUAAAAUUGGAAUAGUGUCUCAGGAGCCUGUGUUAUUUGACUGUAGUAUUGCUGAUAAUAUUAAAUAUGGUGAUAACAGCAAAGAGAUCACUAUGAAAGAAGUUAUAGAAGCAGCAAAGAAGGCCCAGCUGCAUGACUUUGUCAUGUCCCUUCCAGAUAAAUAUGAAACUAAUGUUGGGGCUCAGGGAUCCCAGCUUUCUCGUGGGCAAAAGCAACGCAUUGCUAUAGCUCGGGCCAUCAUACGAGAUCCUAAAAUUUUAUUAUUGGAUGAAGCAACAUCUGCCUUAGACACAGAAAGUGAAAAGACUGUGCAAGAUGCAUUGGAUAAAGCCAGAGAAGGACGGACCUGCAUUGUCAUAGCACAUCGGUUGUCUACAAUUCAAAACUCUGAUAUCAUAGCUGUCAUGUCUCAAGGAAUUAUUGUUGAAAAGGGCACUCAUAAUGAACUGAUGGCCAGGGAAGGAGCUUAUCACAAACUUGUCACCACUGGAGCACCAAUUAGCUGAUUUACCACAGGCUCUGUGUAAACUUGAAGGAUGAUUUUCUAAAUGAGAACUCUGCAGUUGGUUUGGCAAUGUUGGUACCCCCUUAAGUUAUUGAAUGGCACAAAACUCUGUCAUAUGACCAGUUACAUGGGACACUAUCAAGCCUAAAAUGUAUCUUGCCUUCUGGAGUCAGGAAGCCCUGUAGGAUCAUAUAUGGUGACUACAGAGUAGGCUGAUUUGUUCAAGAGAUAGCCUAGCCCAUUGUGCAAGGGAGAAAAGGAAUUUCCUGGUAAGAAAGCUCUUUAUCUGGGAGUUGUGGAGCUAUUGGAGGGUAGGGAGCUCAUGUAAAAUCCCUUUGUAGUCCGGCUGCACAGUGCCUUACUUGCUGGACUAAAUGUUAGUCAAGGAAGAAUCCACCCUGAUUAUUAGCAUGUCAGAGCAGGGACUGCUUCUUUUGGCAAUUAAAACAUAACACCAAGUACGAUACUAGCUUCUAUUUUAGUGGUGGGAUCAAAUAUUUCCUAACCUGAAGGUUUUACAGACAGAAUUAAAAUUGAUACUUUCAGUGUGGUUAUAGAAAACUUUUUUGCCUCAUUCUUUGGCUCUCUUGCCUAUUUAGCUUGUGAGCUCUUCCAGGAGAGGACUGUCUUUUACUGUGUGUGUUGUAUGGUGCCUAGCACCAGGGGGCCCUGACCUACAGUGGAGCAUCUAGCUGCUACUUGGGACAUAAAUAAAAACUAAUAACAACGAAGUCAGUUUCAUGCCACUAUGCUAAAGAAAGAGAUUGAGACGAGGAUCGAAAGCUGGUAAAGAUUAAUUCUUCUAAGUUAGCCACUUUAUUAAAUGGCCUCAGCUAACUGAUUUGAAUAUGAAUACUCAGUUAAAUCAAGUAACACAAUAAUUAUUUUUCACUGUUAUUUAAUUUCUUUCUUACCUUGAAACUGUGCUAGAUAAAUAGAGAAU